GGUAGGUGCAUGAUUUAAGAAGCUCAGCACACUAAGCAUCAUUAGCGUCACUGCGUCGAGAGAGAUGGGGAACUGUCAGGCGGCGGAGGCGGUGGCGGCGGCGGCGGUGGUCCAACGACCGAACGGGAAGUCGGAGAGGCUGUACGGAACGGUGAAGGCGGGGGAGCUGAUGACGUCACAUCCCGGCUUCCACGUGGCGCUCAUAAUAUCCUCCGGCGUCUCCAACGGCGGCUCCCUCCGCGUGACACGCAUAAAGCUCCUCCGCCCUUGCGACCACCUCUUGCUCGGCCACGUGUACAGGCUCGUCUCCUCUCAAGAGGUGAUGAAAGGAUUAUGGGCCAAGAAAUGUGCAAGAAUGAAGCUCUACGGAGAGUUUGCAGUGGAAGAGAAGAAUGCCUUGAGAUCUGAUCAAUCUGAUUCUGCCAAUGACAAUCUGAGGAGACAUGAGAAGCAGAGAGGAGCUUGGCAACCGUCUCUUCAGAGCAUUUCAGAAUCUGCAUCCUAAGAAAGCUUCGGAUCUUACUGUGUUUCCCCAAUGCUUGGAGAUUGGCAGUUGCAAUUUGUAAAGGAAGGACAAAACCUCCGACUGUAACGGAGGUUUUGGGUUUGUUCUUAUUCAAGAUCCCAAAGGGUUUCCGAUUCGAGAUUCGUUUUCUGACGCGAGCAGUUCUAACA